CCUGCGGGCCGAGCUGGAGGAGGAGGAGGAGGAGGAAGAGGCUCUCCCAAGGGGUCCAUGGAAUUGCUCAAGCUGAACCGGAGCGUCCCGGGAGCGGGCCCCGGGCCCGGGGCUUCGCUGUGCCGCCCAGGUAGCCUUUUCAACAGCAGCAGCGCGGGCAACCUCAGCUGCGAGCCUCCGCGCAGCCGUGGAGCGGGGACCAGAGAUCUGGAGCUGGCCAUCAGAGUCACUCUUUAUGCAGUGAUCUUUCUGAUGAGCGUUGGAGGAAAUGUUCUCAUCAUUGUGGUCCUGGGACUCAGCAGACGCCUGAGAACUGUCACCAACGCCUUCCUACUGUCGCUGGCAGUCAGCGACCUCCUGCUAGCUGUGGCUUGCAUGCCCUUCACACUCCUGCCCAAUCUCAUGGGCACAUUCAUCUUUGGCUCUGUCAUCUGCAAAGCCGUUUCCUACCUCAUGGGGGUGUCUGUGAGCGUGUCCACGCUAAGCCUCGUGGCCAUCGCCCUGGAGCGGUACAGCGCCAUCUGCCGACCUCUGCAGGCACGGGUGUGGCAGACACGCUCCCACGCAGCUCGCGUCAUCUUAGCCACGUGGCUGCUGUCUGGACUGCUCAUGGUCCCCUACCCUGUGUACACGGCGGUGCAGCCCGUGGGGCCGCGCGUGCUACAGUGCGUGCAUCGCUGGCCCAGUGCGCGCAUCCGCCAGACCUGGUCCGUGCUGCUACUGCUGCUCCUGUUCUUGGUCCCCGGUGUGGUGAUAGCAGUGGCCUACGGGCUCAUCUCCCGCGAGCUCUAUCUAGGGCUUCGUUUUGACGGGGACAGUGACAGCGAGAACCAAAGCAGGGUCCGAAGCCAAGGAGGCCUGCCAGGUGGGGCAGCACCAGGUCCUGCCCACCAGAAUGGGCAUUGCCGGCCUGAGACCAGCCUGGCAGGUGAAGACAGCGACGGCUGCUACGUGCAGCUUCCCCGCUCCAGGCCCGCGCUGGAGCUGACAGCCCUGACAGCAGCCACGCCUGCACCAGGCCCUGGGUCCCGGCCCAUCCAGGCCAAGCUGCUGGCUAAGAAGCGCGUGGUGCGCAUGUUGCUGGUCAUCGUCGUGCUGUUUUUCCUGUGCUGGUUGCCGGUGUACAGCGCUAAUACCUGGCGCGCCUUUGAUGCCCAGGGCGCACACAGGGCCCUCUCGGGGGCCCCCAUCUCCUUCAUCCACCUGCUGAGCUACGCCUCGGCCUGUGUCAACCCCCUGGUCUACUGCUUCAUGCACCGUCGCUUUCGCCAGGCCUGCCUGGACGCCUGUGCCCGCUGCUGCCCCCGGCCUCCGCGAGCCCGGCCCCGGCCUCUUCCGGAUGAGGAUCCUCCCACCCCGUCCGUGGCUUCACUGUCCAGGCUGAGCUACACCACCAUCAGCACACUUGGGCCCGGCUGAAGGGUGGGGGGAGGGUAGCGUGAAGCAGGACACGUGAUUCCUACGAGCCACCGACCCAUCCAGACGUACAAGAAACAUAAACCAGGACUCACGUGGAGAGGGACACCCCGUAGCAUGGAGAGACUUUAACACACAGGAAGAGAGCUAGCUUUCCUGAUGCACAAGAAACCAGAAAAGGAGCCUCCCACAGGGAAGGAGGCACACUGCUGUGACAGACCUAAGGUCCACCCUAGACAUACACAUGGCACUGACCUCAGACGGGCACGGAUGGCAGCCAUAGAAGUGAGCUUUUCCCACACUGUGGGAACCCUGCCAGGCCUGACCUACCUUUCUCAUGCAUACACUAAUGGCACUGAUUCUUUAGGGGCCACUGAGCCUGGCUUAGCACUGCUCCAGGCUGUCCCUAUGUUGACCUCGCUAAGCCUUUCCCCAGCUCGCACUGAAAAUCCCAACAAGCCCAGUCUCAUACUCCCUUACCAGCAAGCCUUUCAGCACUGAAAAGCCCCCUCACCCCUCUGUACUGGGAACUGUGCCCCCGGCCCCCUCUCUCUCACCAGACUUCUUCAGACAACAAUAGAUGAGCUAGCCUCCUCCUGGACUUUCUGAACUUUGGGAGAGCAAGAAGGGUAUGAGUUUUGUGAAGUCCUCCUUGUCCAGUCCCUUCCGUAGCUAUGCACCACUGUGUACAAAGUCUGUGCAAAAGCGCUUUGGCGUGAGGCUGGGUGGGGCUGGGCGGCCUCCCUGGCUUCUCGCCUCGGGUCUAUCUCCCCCUGGGGUCACAGCAGCUGCGGCUGGGGUUGUGGGUGGGGUAUCUGUGACACAUCGUGAUUCCUGAGCACAUGCUCCCACAUUGUGCCAUUGCCAAGGCUGUGUAUUAAUGGAUGCUUAUUAAAUUGUUGAUGAAAAUGUAAAGGAAGAAACACUACAUGAUAAGAUUCAGAUUAUUCAGUGCAUGUGUGAAACGACAAGGAGGAGAGACGGCCGUGUGCGAGCUUUUUAUUGCACACUUGCUCUUCCCCAGUGUCAGCAUCUGACUGAGAUUCUCUACUGGAUAUAACCGCAGCGAUGUGCAGGCAAGGGGAUGGGCAGAUGGGCCUUAGUAGAAGUCUCAGAGCCCCAGCUUCCCAUUUGACUAUAACAACUAAAGUAAGCAGGCUGGAGAGAUGGCUUAGCGGUUAAGCGCUUGCCUGUGAAGCCUAAGGGCCCUGGUUCAAGGCUCGCCUCCCCAGGACCCACGUUAGCCAGAUGCACAA